ACGAAAUGUCAGUGGUUUUUCCGAUGUCACUUGAUCGAAGAAUGCCUACAUUCACUUCCCAUCAAUUUCAGUGCCGCCCAUCUUACUCACCCGACUCACCCCACACUGAGCGACCACCGAUGCUCACGCUGAGCUUCGGCUUCCUCGCAGAACUCAUGGUACUUCGCCUUGUCCAGCAACAUCAAUUCCCGCAUUUCUGCCGUCCUUUCUCAUGCGAAACUCAAUCUACCGCCCCAUUCAGUCACUGCGCGCUGCCUUCUCCGGAUCUUCCACGGGCGGACGCGCCGCGCUUCUGAAUGGCGCGACGUCGGUCGAGCUGAGAGCUCCCAAUGGGCGAUCUUGGGCGCAACCUACUGGCCUGUUCAUUAACAACGAAUUCGUCAAUGGCACAGCUCAAGCCAUCCCUUCCGUUGACCCAGCUACGGAGCAAGUCAUCACAACGGUGCAAGCAGCGAGCCAAAGCGAAGUCCACCUCGCCGUGCAAGCCGCGCACGAUGCCUUCCAUAACGGCCCUUGGAGGAUAAUGUCCGGCAGCGAUCGAGGGGUCCUGAUGAACAAGCUGGCGAACCUCAUCGAGGCCAAGAAGCACAUCUUUGCCACCAUUGACGCCUGGGACAACGGCAAGACGUACCACGACGCACUGGACGGUGAUCUCACCGAGGCCGUUGGCGUCAUGCGGUACUACGCCGGAUGGGCGGACAAGGUGCAUGGCCAGACCAUUUCCAUACCCAACAAAUUCGCAUACACCCUCCGCCAGCCCGUGGGCGUGGUCGCGCAGAUCAUCCCCUGGAACUACCCGCUGGCCAUGGCGACGUGGAAGCUCGGCCCAGCGCUGGCGUGCGGCAACACAGUCGUCCUCAAAGCGGCGGAGCAGACCCCGUUGAGCAUCCUCGUGCUAGGCGAGCUGUUCAAGGAGGCGGGCUUCCCGCCUGGCGUGGUCAACUUUAUCAACGGCCACGGAAAGGAGGCUGGCCCGGCCCUUGUGCAGCACCCUCUCGUGGACAAGGUCGCCUUUACCGGGUCCACGGCGACGGCCACGCAGAUUAUGAGCAUGGCAGCGCAGACGCUCAAGAACAUCACCCUCGAGACAGGCGGCAAGUCACCGCUGCUCGUUUUUAGUGAUUGCGACUUCGAGCAGGCUGUCAAGUGGUCGCACAUGGGGAUCAUGUCCAACCAGGGCCAGAUUUGCACAGCCACGUCCCGUAUCCUUGUGCAGAGGGAUGUCUACGAGAGAUUCGUGCAACGCUUUGUCGAGGAGGUGGAAAAGACCAGCAAAGUUGGCCUUCAGUGGGACGAGUCCACAUAUCAGGGUCCCCAGGUCACCAAGCAGCAAUUGGACCGGGUUCUGGAGUACAUUGAGCAUGGCAAGAAGGAGGCCAAGGUUGCAACGGGAGGUGGUGGAAAGGUGGACGUCAACGGCUCGGGGAAGGGAUACUUUGUCCAACCCACCGUGUUUGUUGAUGUGCCGCCCACAGCCAAGAUCUGGCGCGAGGAGGUAUUCGGACCUGUGGUCGUCAUGUGUCCAUUUGAUGACGAGGCCGAGGCUAUCAGGCUGGCCAAUGAUUCCGCAUACGGCUUGGGCGCUGCGGUGUUCACGCAGAACCUGGAGCGAGCGCACCGUGUCGCGGAGCAGGUGGAGAGCGGCAUGGUCUGGGUGAACAGCACGCAGGACUGCGAUCCUCGCGUCCCAUUUGGCGGCGUCAAGCAGAGUGGGAUAGGGCGCGAGCUAGGAGAGGCUGGGUUGGAAGCAUACGCACAGAUCAAGGCGGUGCAUGUGAACAUGGGCAACAGGAUGUAACAUCACGGGCACGUGUGAGCUUAAUGGGGAACCAUAUGUACAAAUGCUAGCACUCUAUAUUCGUCAUGCUCAUUCAACAUUUCAUCGUCAAAUGUCCAUACGGGUCCGUGGACGGCCAAUGCUCCAGAUCGGUUUCGUCCGUCGAGGGUUCGC